GCGCGUUUGACAAACUCAGCUUCCCGGCAUGCCCCUCGCCUGCUGUCCGUCUGCUAAGGUGUUGGUUCCGGCAGGCUUGUCAGAACUAAAGGGAAAGGUGUUUUAACUCCUAUUGGCCAGUCCGGCUGGAGUGGGGACAGUCAUGGAAGGUUCUAAUUGCUCCCUCAGAGUGAAUAGGCAGCUGCUGGAUCCCAAGUUCGAGAGCUACAAGCUGUCCCUGGAUCCAUUGCCUUGUUAUAAUGUGGAGCUGGAUGCUGCUGUUGCAGAAGUGUGCCUUCGAGAUGAUCAGUACACAUUGGAUCACAUGCGUGCCUUUGGAAUGUACAACUACCUCCAUUGUAAUCCAUGGAUCCCCAACAGUGUCUUCUACGUAGACCAACUGGAGAGGGUGAUGAGUUUCACAGUUACGCUGGAUACCGCAAUGGGAAAACCUAUAGAGGUGUUCAGAUUUCCAAGGGAUUUAAACACCUGCGACAGUCGGCUGUGCUCGUCAAUGUAUUUUGCUUCUGCCCAAUGGGUGACCCUUUCGGACGGAACAGGGACUUUGUAUAUCAUUAGGAUUGGAAACCAAAGUGGGUCUGUGUCUGGAAAAUGGGAGAUCAUGUUUAAUCAGGAGCUUGGGGAGCCUUUUAUUGUAGUUCACAGCGUUUCCUCGGUGCGGGACGAGUUGCAUAUCAUUGAUGUGCUUUUACUGUCAAUUGAGAAAGAUGAAUCAGACAUUAAAGGGAGCGGAUUCCAUGUUUGUUUGGAAUGGGUUUCAAUAGCCCGGGCACAAAAUGAAGAUAAUGGUAAAUAUGAAAUCUUAAAGCGUAGGAAGCUUUUUGGAAAGUCUGUCCCACAUUAUGCAGCUAUUGAGCCACUUGGCAAUGGGGUAAUGAUGAUCUCUUACAAGCCAUUCAGAUUCAUUGCAAAUGAUAAGGAUCAGCCUGAGUCAUCCGAAGAUGAGAAAAUGGAUGAAGACAACAAAAGAGAACCUCUGUAUAAUUGGCAUCAAACUGGCGAGGAUGUAACACUCACAUUCCAGCUUCCCGAAGGCAUGACCAAAGAAGAUCUAACCAUCAAGUUUCUCCCUGGCGAGAUUGAUAUCUCUUUAAAAGAUCAAGGCACUUUUCUGAAAGGACAGCUCUAUUUGGAUAUUGAUUGUGAAAGCAGUGCUUGGAUAAUAAAGGAAGGAAGGAGCGUAGAGGUCACUCUAACCAAGCGAGAGCCAGGAAGCACGUGGGCAGAACUGGUGAUUGGUGAUAAACAUGGGGAAUACAUAGUAGACCCUACACAAACUGCGGCAAUAGCCGAGCAACUGAUGCAUCUCACUUCUGAGGAUAUGAAUCCAGAGACUGAGAAACCCCCAUGCAAUGCUCAGGAGCUGGAAGAAUGUGACUUAUUUCUGGAAGACAGUACGAGUUUGUGCAGAUUCGACGGUGCACGUCUGAAGGCCACACAUGUGGUCAAUCUAGGGAGCAAUCCGUAUCUGUUUACGUUUGUGGCCACCCCGGAGCUGAUGCCUUGCUUCGCCUUGCGACAUGAUGUGGACGCCCUUCUCUGGCAGCCCGUUUCCGAGCAGGCGGAUAACCUUUGGGAUCACAUUGCAACAUUCAAUGCCCUAGGAUACGUCCAGGCAUCAAAGCAAGACAAGAAGUUCUUCACGUGUGCGCCCAAUUUCUCCUAUUCGGCUCUGUGCGAAUGCGUGCGCAGAAUAUUCAUCUAUCGCCAGCCCACCCCCGUAUCCACUGAGUUGUACAACCGGAAGGAGGGUAGGAGAGUCGGGCAGGUUGCUAAGCAGCAGGUAGCCAGCCUGGAAACCACAGAUCCCAUAGUAGGAUUUCAAGCCUCCAAUGAAAGGUUAUUCGUUCUAACCACAAAGAAAUUAUCUGUAAUAAAGGUAAACAGUACAGAUUAAUUAAAGAGUGCUGCUGACAUAUUGUCGCAGUUCAGUAAAACCGAACAUUAUGCUUCUUUUGUUUUUCUUAAAGAAAGAGACCAUUUUUAUUGAAUGAAUUCAUUACCUACCUGCAUUCCAAUAAAAUAUGUCAAAUAUAA